AUGGCGAAGAGAGCUUCGGCCUCCUCUUCUUCAGGUCAACCAAAGAGGCCUUGCGUCGCUCCAAGCGAUCAAGCAUGGAACGUGUCUGAGAGGAAUCUCGUGCUGGGGAGCUGCUCGACAGAGGAGGAGGAUGCCCAGAGAGUGCGUGGAGAAGAGCUGGAACGUGGAAAAUCUCACUCAGCCAAUUGUUGUCAAAGGUUUUUCAACUCAUUUGGAUGGAAUGGAUUGUUUUUGCAUGAGCUACUGCUUCAUUUUUUUGAUGUCUUUAUCUUUGGCAAUUCUUCUGUUGGUGGUGUUGAACAGAAGGAAGCAGUGGAGCUUGCAAUCAUUCACUCUUCCCACGUCAAAAGGGCUAAUGCUAAUUCUACAUCAAAUAAUGAUGCGAGGAACUUACAGCUUCAAUUUCGAACCAAACUGUCAGUUUCUAUAUUUACUGGAAAGAAACUAGAAGGAAAGGGGGGCACCUGCAUUUCCGUUGCCUUGAUCGAUGCGAAUACAAGGGAUGUCAUUACAUCAGGCCCUGAAUCCUCCAUUAGGUUGGAUGUUGUCGUGCUAGAAGGUGACUUCAACAAAGAAGAUGAGGAUAACUGGGCUCAAGAAGACUUUGAGAAGUAUAUGGUUAAAGAACGUGAAGGAAAGGGGCCGCUUUUGACAGGAAAUCUCCUAGUGACGCUCAAAGGAGGUGUUGGAGAGCUGGGAGAACUGAUAAUUACUGACAAUUCCAGCUGGACUAGGAGUAAAAGAUUCAGGGUAGGGCUUAAGGUGGCAUCAGGUUAUGGUGAGAAUACACGAAUCCGAGAAGGAAAAACAAAUGCCUUCCGUGUCAAGGAACAUAGAGGAGAAUUAUCCAAGAAACAUCAUCCACCUGCAUCUGACGAUGCAGUCUGGAGGUUGGAGACGAUUGCCAAAGAUGGAAAAUAUCACCAAAAACUGAGUGAUGUCGGAAUAGAUAAAGUGGAGGACUUUCUACUGCAACUGUUUACGGACUCCAACAAACUGAAAGAGAUUCUUGGAAAGAGCUUAACAUUGAAGAACUGGGAUAUCCUGGUACAUCAUGCAAAAACUUGCGAAACCAAUUGGAAACUUUAUUGGUACUAUUCUGAUGACAUGAGGAAGCAUGGUGCUGUAUUCAACAUUGAUGGUCAACUGAUUGGUGUAAUCAAAGACAGGGUAUAUUGUGCUACUCAUCGACUUUCUGCCCAAGAGAAGGAACAUGUAGAUGCAAUCGUGAAAAAGGCCUUUGAUAACUGGAACAAUGUCACGGAGUUCAAUGGAGAGACCUUUUCUGGUUCAAUUCCAUCUCAAGUCUUACAAAUUGAAAAUCUCACCCCUGUUCAGCGUAAUUCGGUUCCAGCCACUCCAAGUGGUCCGGAAGCUCCUCCAGAAAAUGUGGGCUUCGUUGCUGAAGGACAUGAUGGUGCAACUGCUUCGGCAUUGCAAGUGGCAUUGCAAGUACAGUUGCAAAAUACCGAUUCUGAAAAUGCCAUGAAGCUUUCGGUUGAUGAAAGUGGUCAUCUCGCUGCACAGCAGCCCAUAUCUACAGACCCCUUGAAUGUUCUAAUUCCUCAGGGAGAUAUCCAUUCUUCAAGCCAAAUGCACCAUACAGGGAAUGAGAAUGCUCCUCCUGAAGGCAAUCACUUGAUGGGAAAUUUGCAACCAUUUGUUUCAGAUGAUAUGGAUUAUGUGUUGGCUUUCUUAAGUCAGAGCCCACCAUACGAUGUCGAGUUCUUUAAGACCCCAUUAUAUGAUGGUGGUUCUGUUAGUGGUACCAGCAAAAGUGUUAAUCGGCUGGCUCAAGAUAAAGGCAGUGAUGCGGUGGGGUUUCUUCAUCAGAAAGAUCGUCAUGAAGAGACGUGGCAUCAUGGUGCAGCCACCGGUCGAAGUCGAGGCUUGAUUUGA